AUGGUAACCUGUGGCGUGGUUCUGUUGAGGGAGCUAGACAACAUGGCUGUUCAGUGCUGGUCUGAUAUGCUAAAAGCUGCUAAGAAAACAGCGCUAAUAUCUGAUGGAAAGAGGAAGGUACACUACUUGUUUGGAGAUGGCACCGAAAUGGCUGAAGAAUAUGACAUGAAAACCGAUGAACUUAUCUCACGUCGGUUGCGCAAUAAAACCAAACUUGGAGGACAAGGAUCAUGGCAGGUGGAAGUGGGGGAAACAGGCUCAAACCCCACAGAAACUGGAGAUAUUAAAGAAAACAGCUCUAAUCCAGUGUUUAUACGCAGAGACACGAAGACAAGUUUCCAGUGGAGGGUCCGUAACAUCCCGUAUCCUACUGAAACCUACAACAUUUCAGUAGAGCCUUUGGAAAGAUGCUGCAUCAUCCGGACCACAAACAAAAAGUAUUACAAGAAAUUCAAUAUUCCAGACCUUGACCGCUGCCAGCUGCCUCUGGAGAGCUCGGCCUUGAGCUUUAGCCACGCCAACAACACUUUAAUCAUCAGUUAUAAGAAGCCCAAAGAGAUGCUGGUGCUGGAACAGGAGCUGAUGAGGGAAUUGAAGAAACUGAAGGGGACGAAUGAAGGAGACGUGGACUGUAAAACCCAGUGAACUGACGUGGACAUCGCAGUGUUAUGUGCAUCUGAAUCGCAGCCUUGUCCUGCAUCCUGCUGUGCUUUAAUAACGUAUAUACACAUACAACAUAAGCAUCUUAAUAUAUAGAUAUGAAAUACAUUUUGAUGUCA